AUGGUCAAACCGGACAUCAAACGCAACUACUACGCCGACCUCGAUUUGCCCACCAACUCCUCCGUCGAGGAUGUGCGCAAAGCUUAUCGGAAGCUCGCCCUGCAAUACCACCCCGACCGCAACGCAGGCAACGAGGCGGAAUGUGUCCCACGAUUUCAGGCGAUUCAGGCGGCGAACGAGGUUCUAAGUGACCCAACAACGAAAGCGAAAUAUGAC